AUGGUUCUCAACAGAUGUCUGACGGAGGAGGAAAUCUUAGAGGAACUGAAAGAAAUUACAGACAAGGUGGCUGAUGAUUCAGAAGAAGCUGACUGGGACCUCUUAAAAGUACCAGAUAAUUACAAAACAUUUUUCCUACAAGGUGGCGCAACAGGUAUAUUUUCAGCAGUUCCAAUGAACCUCAUGCCAUCCGGUGGAAGUGCUGAUUACAUUGUGACUGGAAGCUGGUCAAGCAAAGCAGCUAAAGAGGCAGCCAAGUAUGGAAAGGUGGAUAUGGUACUGCCAAAGAUGAUUGCGUACAACGACAUCCCUAACCAAUCUACAUGGAAGCUCAGUCCAGAUGCAUCAUAUGUUUAUUAUUGUGCCAAUGAGACAAUACAUGGUGUCGAAUUCAGGUACAUUCCAGACACAAAAGGUGUCCCACUUGUCUGUGAUAUGUCUUCAAACUUCCUUUCAGAAGAAUUUGAUGUGUCUAAGUUUGGGGUGGUAUUUGCUUGUGCCCAGAAGAAUGUUGGAACAUCAGGAGUAACAGUGGUGAUAAUCCGUGAAGAUCUCAUAGGAAAGGCACAGCCAAUAGUGCCAACAAUCCUGGACGUCAAAAUCAAUGCACAGGACAAUUCAGUGCACAAAAUUCCAAUGUAUCCAAUUUACAUUAUGGGACUCUACCUACAAUGGAUUAAGAAGCAAGGAGGGGCAGCAGCAAUGGGUCAGCAAGCCCAGCAGAAGAGUCGCCGCGUCUACGAGGUCGUCAACAGCUCUGCUGGCUUCUACAGUCUGCCUGUUGCUGAACACUGCAGAAGCCGCAUGAAUGUGCCAUUCAGAAUAGCUGGUGGAGAUGCAGCUUUGGAGAAGAAAUUCCUGGAAGGUGCUGAGGAGAGAGGCAUGCAACAACUGAAGGGCCACAGGUCUAUGGGUGGCAUCCGGGCAUCACUGUAUAACGCGAUCACCAUGGAUGAAGUAGAAGCCUUAAUAAAGUACAUGACUGACUUCCAGAAGGAGCAUGCAAAAAAGUGAAAGCUACUCAAGACAGCUGACUGAUACUAUAUGUGCACAAUACCUUCCGAUUUCAUGCUGCGAUAUUUAUAUUUGAGAUGGUGAAAGUUGCAUCCAGAUGUAACAAGGGCAGCUACAAGACUCAUUUACGAAGUAAACGUGUUUGUGACGAUCCAUUACUUCCCGCUCUCUCUUAUCCUUGAACCGAGUAACUGGUAAUUUCAGCUCAUUCCUUUGACUUUGUACAAGACAAGUGCAUCAAACUUUUGUAUUUUUAUUUGCAUAGUCUGCAAGACAAUAAAGCGAACAUGUUACACUUAAAA